AUGGCGACGAAAUUACAGUCAAAAAAGCGGAAGGCUCCGGCGAAGGACGAUGUUCCUGAGGAUGAUCUUUCUGGCGGUGUAUUGGACGGUGCGCUAUCACAAAGUGACGAUGAUUCCGGCUUCGUGAGCACCGACGAGGAGGACGAGUUGGACGAAGAAGAGGAUGAGGGUGAGGACGCUGAAAGUGGGGAGAGCGAAGCCGACGAUGAUGACGCUCUCCUUAGCGACGACAUCCCCUCCGAUGAUGAAGGUGUUGAGGCGAGUCUUCGGGAGCUUUUAAAAGAUGGCGGCCGACAGAAUACGGACACGGCCGCUCUUGCUGGAGGGGAGGAGCCUGAGGAGGAUGCAGCCCUGGAAGAUGAUGAGGAUCGGCCGAAUUACACAAUCACCACGGACGCAAAUGGAGGCGUCCGGUAUGUCUAUGAGGAAAUUGAUCCAGUCUACGACUCGGACGACAGCGAUGCCAAGGAGCCGGCGAACACCAUUGGCGACAUUCCACUGUCCUUCUACGACUCGUACCCACACAUCGGCUACGAUAUCAACGGGAAGAAGAUAAUGCGCCCAGCUACAGGAGAGGCCCUUGACGCACUUCUCGACAGCAUAGAGGUGCCGAAGGGCUGGACGGGUCUGACCGAUCCCGCCACUGGCAAGCCGCUCAAACUGACUCGGGAUGAAUUGGAGCUCCUCCGCCGGGUACAGAUGAACGAGAUUCCAGAGGACGGCUACGAUCCUUACCCGGAUACGGUCGAGUACUUCACGAGCAUAGAGGAGACGAUGCCCCUGAGCGCGGCUCCGGAACCGAAGCGUCGUUUCCUGCCCUCGAAGCAUGAAGCAAAGCGCAUCGCCAAGUUGGUUCGCGCGAUAAGGGACGGCCGUAUCCUACCCUACAAGCCCCCUGAGGAACGGGAGAGGGAGGAAGCGGAGAAGGAAGAGAUCCAUUACGAUAUAUGGCAGGACGAGGUUCCACGAGAACCUCAUGUGAUGCACAUUGCAGCACCUAAACUGCCUCCCCCUGGCUACGACAUGAGCUACAACCCUCCGCCCGAGUAUCUCCCAACCGAGGAGGAAAGGCAGGCAUGGGAGAAUACGGAUCCUGAAGAGCGCCUAAAGGAGUACCUGCCCAAGAAAUUCGAUGCCCUGCGGAAGGUACCUGGUUAUGACAUGUUUGUCAAAGAGAGAUUCGAGAGGUGUCUGGAUCUCUACCUCGCCCCGAGAAUACGAAAGAACCGACUAAACAUCGAUCCGGCAUCUCUCCUGCCAAAGCUACCACGGCCGGAAGAGUUGAAGCCGUUCCCGACAGUGUGCCAGACGUUGUUCCGAGGACACAAUGGGCGCGUGAGGAGCUUGGCUAUCGACCCAAGUGGCUGCUGGCUUGCAACGGGAGGAGACGAUGGUAGUGUCCGUGUCUGGGAGCUUCUGACCGGGCGACAGGUGUGGAGCGUUCGUCUCAACUCUGAAGAAGCGGUUAACGCUGUGCGAUGGCAACCGACGAAGAACACCGGGAUUCUCUCCGCGGCUUCUGGCGAGGAUAUUUUCCUCAUGAUCCCGCCGAUUCUCGACCCAGAAACUGAGCAGGCAGGCCGAGGCAUCCUCGACGCCGGAUUCGGCUACGCCACAAAUGCAAAUGGCCCGCAGAAGCCCGCAGGCGUAGGUAAAGAACCGCCGGCGAAGUGGGCGAGGCCGGGGACCAAGCUAGAAGACGAAGGCGUCCUGAUCAGGAUCACCGUCAGGUCUACGGUCAAGGUCAUCUCCUGGCACAGACGAGGCGACCAUUUCUGUACCGUCUCGCCGGGGGGCCAACGAAGCUCUGUCGCCAUUCACACCUUGUCCAAACAUCUCACCCAGAUCCCCUUCCGAAAGCUCGCCGGCCUUGCGCAGACCGCCCACUUCCACCCGUCUCGGCCCUUCUUCUUCGUCGCAACGCAGCGCAUGAUCCGUUGCUACGAUCUCCAGAAACUGGAGCUUGUGAAGACCAUCCAGCCCGGAGCACGGUGGAUUUCGUCGUUCGACGUCCAUGGCGGCGGCGACAACUUGAUUGUGGGAUCUUACGACCGGAGACUCUUGUGGCAUGAUCUGGACCUUUCCAACAGGCCGUUCAAGACGAUGCGGUUCCACGAGCAGGCCAUCCGGGCCGUGAAGUACCACAAAGGAGGACUACCCCUCUUCGCCGAUGCCAGUGACGACGGCUCCCUGCAGGUGUUCCACGGCAAGGUUGUUACCGACCUUAUGGAGAACCCCACCAUCGUGCCCGUCAAGGUCCUGAAGGGUCACAAGGUUGUCAAUGCCCUCGGCGUCAUGGAUGUUGACUGGCAUCCCAAGGAACCAUGGUGUGUGAGUGCCGGAGCCGAUGGGACGUGUCGUUUGUGGACUUGA